AAGCACCAGAACGCCACAUUCUUCUGCACAAACGAAAGAAGUUCCUCAGAUCAGCGCUUUAUUCACUUCAACACAAGUACUUAUCCUCGCAUUCAGCAAAAUCAGUAAAGGCAUCUUCAAAAGGAAAAGAAGGAGAAGAAGAAGAAAAAGAAGACGAGGACAAAGACGAAGAAGAAAGAGAAGAAGGAGCGAACAUAAUAAAUAAGAAAGAAGCCAAGUCUACAUUUCAGUGUAUAAAAGAGAAAAACUUCAAAUUUCCUAUGCCUAUCCACCACGGAGCACUAUUAAUAGACUCAUAUGCUGAUUUUCAACUACCACCCGACAUCAUGGAAGAAUAUAGUCUGGGAUUAAUAGGGAAAUUUGGAGCAAGACCUACAUCUGUAAAGAAGCCAAUUUUCACCAGAUUAAGAUCCAAUAUUUUUGUAGAGCGGAAACCGAACAGAACAGAGCAUCAGGCACCUUGCCAAUGUGUACCUCCUCCAGAUGGUAGCCAAGGUUGUGGUGAAGAUUGUUUGAAUAGAAUGUUAUAUUAUGAAUGCGAUCCAAAAUCAUGUCCUUGCAAGAGCCAAUGCUCAAAUCAAAGGUUUCACCGCAGAGAAUACGCAAAGGAGCUUCAGAUAUAUUUGACGCGUGAAAGAGGCUGGGGAUUACGAACACUUGUUGAUAUAAAUCAGGGGGAUUUAUUGACUGAAUAUCGAGGCGAAAUUAUUUCGCACAAGACAUGUGAGGAACGUAUGCGUACAAUGUACAUAGACCAAAAGAACUUUUAUUUUCUCGAUUACCAAAAAGGCGAAGUAGUCGAUGCAUGUUCAAAAGGCAGUGAAGCAAGAUUUAUAAACCACAGCUGUGACCCAAACUGUCACAUUGAAAAAUGGACUCUUAAAGGUGAACUCGCUGUUGGUGUCUUUGCAUCAAGACAUAUCCCUGCAAACUCUGAACUAUUUUACGACUAUAAUUUCUCGGUUUUUGGUAAUGCAGAAAGUCAACAGAUAUGUCAUUGUGGCAGCGAAAAAUGUCGAGGGUUUAUCGGCAAAAAGCCCAAACACCGUUCCAAUCGUCUAGUAUGAAAUUAAACUGCC